CCCGCGCCCGCUCCUAUAAAGGCCGCCGCCGCGCGCCGCCGCUGGAGUGGCCUUGCGUCCGCCUUUCUCUUCUCCUUGCGUUGACGCCGCCCCUCUCUCGUCAGCCUUCGGCCCGCCGGCUCCUCAAAGCCGAACACCAUGCCUUCAAUAAAGUUGCAGAGUUCUGAUGGAGAGAUUUUUGAAGUUGAUGUAGAAAUUGCCAAACAGUCUGUGACUAUCAAGACCAUGUUGGAAGAUUUGGGGAUGGAUGAUGAAGGAGAUGAUGACCCGGUUCCUCUACCAAAUGUUAAUGCAGCAAUAUUAAAAAAGGUCAUUCAGUGGUGCACUCACCACAAGGAUGAUCCUCCUCCUCCUGAAGACGAUGAGAACAAGGAAAAGCGAACGGAUGAUAUCCCUGUUUGGGACCAGGAAUUUCUGAAAGUUGACCAAGGAACACUUUUUGAGCUUAUUCUGGCUGCAAACUACUUAGACAUCAAAGGUUUGCUGGACGUUACGUGCAAGACUGUUGCCAAUAUGAUCAAGGGGAAGACUCCUGAGGAGAUUCGCAAGACCUUCAACAUUAAGAAUGACUUUACUGAAGAAGAAGAAGCCCAGGUACGCAAAGAGAACCAGUGGUGUGAAGAGAAGUGAAACGUUGUGCCUGACACUGUAACACUGUAAGGAUUGUUCCAAAUACUAGUUGCACUGCUCUGUUUAUAAUUGUUAAUAUUAGGCAAACGUAGACAAAUGCAGCAGCAAAUCAUUUGUUUUAGCAGAAUAUUGUCCUCACUGCAUGUGUAGUUUGAGUACAGAUUCCAAACCCGAGUUUCUUCUAGUAUGAUUGAAAGUUCCUGUUUACUUUGCUCUGAAUAAAACUGAACUGUGGGUUCUCGAUAGAAAGUGGCAUUUGGGGCUUCCUCUCUUCUCGCAGAGUGAUUGCUGCCUGGUUUAUUGUCCAGUUAAAUUGAGUGAUCUUUUAAAAGUUGGCAUUGUAAAUAAAACAACUUCCAAAAAGUUUUCUGAAAUAGAAUUAAAAAAAUAUUAUCUUUAUUCAUGAGUUGGAAACUGGAAAGAGGCUACUUGACACAAACGUUCUGAGUGGGCCCAUUAGGAUGUCUUUCAGCUGCAUGAUCAGUCAGUACCACUGGCAUUGAUCAGCUUGUGUGUAGCAGGGCUCCCUUAAUUGGAUCUGAGGACUUGUUCUUAUUUUUAAUCUUCUCAGCUUUGAGUAUAUUGCCUAGAAGACUCAGUUACUACCUGGUUUGUGGUUUUGGGGGUGGGGAGAAAUGUAACUAGACAGUUUGUUAGCUUUUCAAUUAAAAAAGACACUUAAUUCAUGUGUUAUGUCAUCUUUUUAUAAUCACUGUCCCCAUAUGGGGGACACUGUUGACUCUACUUGCAUGUCAAAAAUAACCUUUAAUAUUAAAAUAUGUGGCAAAAUCCAGAAGACGUCCAUUAUGAAUGUGUGAGAUACUUUAAAUAAAAGUAAGUUAUAAUA